UUGUGCGUUGAGUAUUCUGUAGUUGUCAAGCCUGCUAGCAAACAUCACAGGAUUAGCUUUGUAUUGUCAUGUUGAUACCAGGAUUUAUGUUGUAUUCGCUUGUAUUCUGCGUGGAAGGAAAGUAAAUCUGUGUGGGCAGCGAAAGUGUGAGAUGAAAUGUCAACGUCAACAUUGCAGAAAGCGAUCGACCUUGUGACCAAAGCCACAGAAGAAGAUAAGGCUAAGAACUACGAAGAGGCGUUGCGACUUUACCAACAUGCCGUGGAAUAUUUUCUACACGCCAUUAAAUAUGAAGCCCACAGCGACAAGGCGAAGGAAAGCAUUCGAGCAAAGUGCAUGCAGUAUUUGGACCGAGCGGAGAAACUGAAGGACUACCUGAAGAACAAGGACAAGCAAAGCAAGAAACCUGUGAAGGAGUCACAGAGCAAUGACAAGAGUGACAGUGACAGUGAGGGUGAAAAUCCAGAGAAGAAGAAGCUACAAGAGCAACUUAUGGGUGCAAUUGUGAUGGAGAAGCCCAAUGUGAGAUGGAAUGAUGUGGCUGGACUAGAAGGAGCCAAAGAAGCUCUGAAGGAAGCCGUCAUCCUUCCCAUCAAGUUUCCUCACCUCUUCACAGGUAAGCGGACGCCAUGGAGGGGCAUUUUGCUGUUUGGACCACCAGGGACGGGGAAGUCGUACCUGGCAAAGGCUGUGGCUACUGAGGCCAACAACUCCACUUUCUUCUCCGUCUCGUCCUCAGAUCUCAUGUCCAAAUGGCUGGGCGAGAGUGAAAAACUUGUAAAGAAUCUGUUUGACCUGGCCCGCCAGCAAAAACCUUCCAUCAUUUUCAUCGAUGAGGUGGACUCACUAUGCGGUUCCAGGAACGAGAAUGAGAGCGAAGCAGCUCGCAGAAUCAAGACAGAAUUUCUGGUCCAAAUGCAAGGUGUGGGAAACAACAACGAUGGUAUUUUGGUACUGGGGGCCACCAACAUUCCCUGGGUGCUUGAUGCUGCUAUUCGGAGAAGAUUUGAGAAGCGUAUUUACAUCCCGCUACCAGAAGAGCCGGCCCGUGCACAGAUGUUCCGCUUGCAUCUGGGCAACACACCUCAUAGCCUGAGUGAGGCGGACCUGCGACAGCUUGCCCACAAGACAGACGGCUACUCUGGUGCUGACAUCAGUAUCAUCGUACGGGACGCCCUAAUGCAGCCUGUUAGGAAGGUCCAGUCUGCGACACACUUUAAAAAGGUACGUGGACCAUCACGCAGCAACAACCAGUUAAUGGUGGACGACCUAUUGACCCCGUGUUCCCCUGGUGACCCCACUGCCAUAGAAAUGACUUGGAUGGACGUGCCUACUGAUAAGCUGCUGGAGCCAAUAGUCUGCAUGUCCGACAUGCUGCGUUCUCUGUCCACCACGCGGCCAACAGUCAACACUGAAGACCUGCUGAAGGUGAAGAAGUUCACUGAGGACUUUGGGAUGGAAGGCUGAGUGUGACGAGUCACAGUCGGUACCGUUGUUCCCUCUUGCUCCAUCUCAAGGUAGAUGAAUGGAAAAAGGCGAGAUUUUCUCUUAUUUAAUCCUCCAGUCUGCUACGUUUGCAUCUUGGAGAGCUGACUAAAUCCUAGCAUAGAAAACUCUGACGCUCCAUUGCAGCAGAAAAAGUCACUUGAUGACGAGCAGGUUGUUCUAUUUUAUUUUGGCUAUAGGAUGACGUGUUGAAGGAGGAAGAAUCAGGUGACCAAAUGUUUUUAUUUAACACCUGUGUGUUUAAUCACGUUGAGCAGUCAUUGCUGCCAUGUGUUGCUUGAGGUCAGCCAUUCUGCACAUUUUAGUAUCGUCCAGUAGCAAGUAAAUACUUUGGACUUGAAAUGAAGAAUUUUGUCUUUCAUUUGUAAAUGGUGAUAAUGAUCAAAAUAAAACACUGGACAAAAACUACAGUGGUACCUCAGCUUUCGUACUCCCCAUUUUUCAUAUGAUUUAAUUUUUAAACAAAAUUUUGCGGGUUUCAUAGACGGUCUUGGUUAUCAUAAAUUGUUUAACAAACUUACCUGAUUGAUACGCUGGCAACAACAACGUUGGUGACUCUGUUUUCUGCACUUUUUUUAUUGAUCGCAAAAUAAUCCACCAUGGGGCCAAAGAAAGUUGUGAGUGACAGAACUAUGAUAAGUAACAGGUGUGUCCAAACCUUUUCCAGAAUUGAUGAAGGGUGAUACAUUUUAAAUAUUCAAGAUAUUGAAACCAUAAAAUGUAGAUUAGCGCCGCAUGAUUUUAGGGAAAAUACUGAAUCCUGAUUUUAGAUUGUAUUCAUAAAACUGUUAAAAUAAGGAGUAAAGGAAAUUUUACUUUUUGUUAAUAUAUUUUUGUCUCUUGUUCAAUCAAUCAAUCAAUAUCCUUUAUUUAACUAGGUAAAAACUCAUUAAGAUUCAAAUCUAUUUUCCAAGAGUGAAAAACAAAGUUACAGAAAAACAUAUAAGAACAACAAAAACAGCAGCAGUCACAUACCACAAUUAAAAAAUAAAUGACUUACAUACAUCAACAUAAACACAUGUGGUAGGUCAAAUCAAUGUAUAAAAUGUUGACCGUGUCUGGUAUGUUAACGUAAGAAAUUAUGGUAAGAGUCAUUCAAAUAACUAUAACAUAUAGAACAUGCUAUACGUUUACCAAACAAUCUGUCACUCCUAAUCGCUAAAUCCCAUGAAAUCUUAUACGUCUAGUCUCUUACGUGAAUGAGCUAAAUAAUAUUAUUUGAUAUUUUACGGUAAUGUGUUAAUAAUUUCACACAUAAGUCGCUCCCGAGUAUAAGUCGCUCCCUCGGCCAAACUAUGAAAAAAACUGCGACUUAUAGUCCGAAAAAUACGGUAGAUGAAGCCCAUGCUUUCGGUCCUCUCAGAAAUCAAACCUGGAUCCACUGGUGUGAAAUUUUAGUGUGCUAGGUACCGAGCUAAACGCCUAAGCUGUCAACCGCUGUCCAGUACUAGCUUUUAUUGAUACAACAGGAAAAAAUUACAUUAUAUUAAUAAUGCAUUGCUGCGACAGGACUACCGUUUUGGCUAAUUUCGGGGAUAAAUCAAUGUUUUGUUAUUUUAUUAUUAUUUUUUUUUUACCAAAAAUAUAUUACCUUAUUGUAUGGAACAUUACCUGCAAACAAGCUUACUUUUAGGGGGGGGAAAUGUCAUCACCAAAUAAUGCUUAUGAACAGCAAAGGUAAUAAUGCAUAGAUGGCCGCCACUGCACACACUUAAUGCCACAGGUCAGAAUGACUUGAGUAACCAUAACACAUUGCUGCGACAGUACAGCGUUUUUCCUCAUUUUUGGACUAAAUGUUUUUUACGACAACAAAUAUAUUUUCUGAUAGUGUGGAGCAUUCAUUUGCGAUCAAAAUUAUUUUUACGGGGAGAAGUUAAAACCGUAAGCAAGAAUGGUGGGAAGGAUAACAGUUAUUUUGUCCGAUGUUGUGGCAAAAUGUGAAUACAAGAAAAAACAGGAAUUUAUACAAUUUAUAAAAUAUAGAAAAGUUUGGAAAGACAAAUGUUUUGAUGGUUGAACAAUUGAAAUUGAUUGAAAAAUGUUGAAGGAGGAGUCGAAAGGAAUGAAAAUCCCGGAAAACGAUGAAUUCCGGUAAAACCGGUAAUUUUGGGAUACGUUUAAUGAACCCGCGUGUCCUGAGAGCGCUGUACAUUUUGAAAUUCUAACAAUAAGAAUCGGAUUUGUAGAGUAGAGUAACAUGCCUUGCGGCAUUAUCACAGUAGCAGUAAUCACCGAUGAUACAUAAAGCUACUCCAGAAUCAAAACAAUAGGCUUUUAUUGUCUUUGCACAUUUAAGUACCAGUAGAGUGGAAAAACAAGUUGCCUCCAUAUUGAAGCUGUUAUCAUAUACAAGGCUGCCAAGUUUCAGAAAAUGACAAGCGUGAGACUUUGGUGGCAUGAUGCAUUUGAAAGAAAAUUGGCGUAUUUUAACACCGAUUUGGCCUGUUUUAAUGUCGAUUUAUACCUAAAGACUGAUAUCCUCACCUCCAACAGCUCUCCCUGCACUGUGGCCUCCUAAUGUUAAUCUUAAUUAACCAGAAUUUAGAAAUGAAAAUCAUCCCCACUGUUUUCUCGGCUGGCUCUUCUGCAUUUGUGUUCUCAAUUUGUAUCUCUUCGACAUCUCCGUCCUCACUGUCCUCAAUAUCUUCUGAUCUCUGUCCAUCUUCCAGUGCUGCCAACUCCUCAGUAAGGAAAGUAGCUAUUGGCUGUCAUAAAAGUUGCUAGAAGUUGAUAGAUGACAACAUUGCCUCAUUUGCAUAAUUGAUUACAAUGGACACUGUAGGAGAGAGAAAUAACGUAGUGGGAGAUGUAAAAAGUGAGCUAAAAAAUGCAAUUUAUGAUUACAAUUUUAAGUACAUUUUCUUCUGUUGAUUAUUAGUUUAGUUGUGUUUUUCUUUGUUCUACGUCGUUAAAUGUUAGGGUAUCAAAUUGGAUCAAAUUACUAAAGGGUUGUGAUAUUUACGGAUAAACCAAAUCUACUAACUGGCAAUAACGUGAAACCCACAAUGCAUUUUGUUUCCUACAUCACUCUUUGCAGUCCUUAAGUGAACACUUUUAUUGUGUACUUAAAGGCCUACUGAAAUGCGAUUUUCUUAUUUAAACGGGGAUUGCAGGUCCAUUCUAUGUGUCAUACUUGAUCAUUUCGCGAUAUUGCCAUAUUUUUGCUGAAAGGAUUUAGUAGAGAACAUCGACGAUAAAGUUCGCAACUUUUGGUCGCUGAUAAAAAAGCCUUGCCUGUACCGGAAGGAGCAGACGAUAUGCGCGUGACGUCACAGGUUGUGGAGCUCCUCACAUCUGCACAUUGUUUACAAUCAUGGCCACCAGCAGCGAGAGCGAUUCGGACCGAGAAAGCGACGAUUUCCCCAUUAAUUUGAGCGAGGAUGAAAGAUCCGUGGAUGAGGAAAGUGAGAGUGAAGGACUAGAGGGCAGUGGGAGCGAUUCAGAUAGGGAAGAUGCUGUGAGAGGCGGGUGGGACCUGAUAUUCAGCUGGGAAUGACUAAAACAGUAAAUAAACACAAGACAUAUAUAUACUCUAUUAGCCACAACACAACCAGGCUUAUAUUUAAUAUGCCACAAAGUAAUCCCGCAUAACAAACACCUCCCCCCUCCCGUCCAUAUAACCCGCCAAUACAACUCAAACACCUGCACAACACACUCAAUCCCACAGCCCAAAGUACCGUUCACCUCCCCAAAGUUCAUACAGCACAUAUAUUUCCCCAAAGUUACGUACGUGACAUGCACAAUGCGGCACGCACGUACGGGCAAGCGAUCAAAUGUUUGGAAGCCGCAGCUGCAUGCGUACUCACGGUACCGCGUCUGCGUAUCCAACUCUAAGUCCUCCUGAUAAGAGUCUCUGUUGUCCCAGUUCUCCACAGGUCAAUGGUAAAGCUUGACUGUCAUCUUUCGGGAAUGUAAACAAUGAAACACCGGCUGUGUUAUCCGGCACAACAGUCAGGGGGUGCAUUCUACGGCGGGGGUGCGUUAUCCGGCACAACACCUGCCGCAAUACACCGCUUCCCACCUACAGCUUUCCUCUUUGCUGUCUCCAUUGUUCAUUGAACAAAUUGCAAAAGAUUCACCAACACAGAUGUCCGGAAUACUGUGGAGUUUUGUGAUGAAAACAGACGACUUAAUAGCUGGCCACCAUGCUGUCCCAAAAUGUCCUCGACAAUCCGUGACGUCACGCGCAGGCGUCAUCAUACCGAGACGUUUUCAGCAGGAUAUUUUGCGCGAAAUUUAAAAUUGCACUUUAGUAAGCUAACCCGGCCGUAUUGGCAUGUGUUGCAAUGUUAAGAUUUCAUCAUUGAUAUAUAAACUAUCAGACUGCGUGGUCGGUAGUAGUGGGUUUCAGUAGGCCUUUAAUGAUCGCUAUAGAAAGUUUUGAUUGUACUUGGAUUGACUUUGUUUCUCAGAGAAAAAAAAUGCUUCAGUUUUCUUACGAUUCUGUUUCCAUCAGAACUUUUUUAAGAGAUUAAUAUCGAAAACUGAGGUACCACUGUGAGUGUAGACAACACACAAAAAAGCACACAUUAGUAAAAAUGAACAUAGAAGAUAUCUAAAAAUGUAAAUCCGAUCAUGGUAGUAUCAACCUGAUUGUGAUAAUACCCUUGAUAUCGAUACUAUUGGUAUUUGAAGCGAUCCAGCCUAACCCCAUAGUUGUUGUGUCAAUAACAACACAAGCUGCGCUUCAAUGAUAACAAAUUAUGAAGAAAUACUUUUGAAGUCUGUUUGAUGGACUAUUCCAAUUCAUGUUUCAUCACCUAAGCUAGAAAAGUCCUCUCAAUAACAAAGAAUCCUUAGAGAAAAAAAAAUCCUGAAUCCAGACGGUGAUCCAGAUCAGCCCCAAAUUGUAAUCACAUGUUCCUGAUCCGAUUUCUGACAUUUCAUUAAAGUUUCAUCAAAGUCUGUCUAUAACUAUUUAAGGUAAUAACACAUCAUGAGUUGCCGAUGCUUCAGUCCUCAGACUUGAUUUCAUCUUUGGCAAUGCAGUACGGUCGUCGUGUACUUAACGGAAACGACAAUCGCAACGCUUACUCCAUCUUCUCUCCUUUUAAUGUGAAUUUCAACCACUCCACUUAGUCCCUCCCACAUUCUGUGGUACUUCCUAUAUGUAAUUUACUCAAAAAUCUACAGUAGGUCUCUGCCUUUUUUACCCAUGUACUGAAAUACACAUGCAGUAUUUCCUCUGUUAUGAACUACAGAACAAGUAUUUAGUCAGAGAUCUUUUCUUCAUGAUGAGCUGAAAGUGGACAAAAGAAGCUGCAUAUUUAUGCACCAGGGUUAGCAGCAUGUGAAUGUGGUGUACUACAGUAGUGUGUACUUUUGGGGGUACACGCAGGUCAAAUUGUUUGUUUAAGCAGGCUUGUGAACUAUAAUAAAAAAGUAACCUUUCA